CCUUUGCCCGCUUGGCCUUGUAAGCAGGAGCACCUUCCUCGAGAACGAUGCAGUCACCGUAGAUCCUAAUAAUCUUUUCGACUGCCUGGGCCAAGAGGCCUUAGGUGAUGUUGAAAUAUCCUUGAUUAUUUAAGCCUUUCUUGCCCUUUUGCCAAGCCGUCAUCUUGCCGGUCUGCUCAUGCCAGGUACUGUAUGGGAAGACCAAUGACGAUUUGAAGCCUUUGCCGACUGCAGUCCAGUACAUGCCUUUGUAUCUCACACCAGGGAGCGAUUUGCGUAUAUUCUGGCUCUUUUACUUCUCUUCUAGGCGCAUGUUGACUUUGGAGACCGGGUGUACGCUAACUUCAAAUGACGCUUCGGGCGUGAAGAGGGAUCUUGUCGAAGUCAGUGGCUUGACUCUCUACUAUCCACAGUCUCCUGUCUUUGAUGCUCUUCGGACAAAGGCAGUGCUUCUUCACAUACUUAGCCCAAGUCAGCCUGUGCUUUUUGAGAAGUCUCUAGAGGGUGAAAAUGGGAUACAUCGUUGGGAUAUUCUUGGCCCAUGCGCUUGCAAGUCUCCCCCCACCGGCAGUAUCCGCAGUGGUCCCAGCAUGCAAGCUUUGCCCUUGCACUCAUCCCUCUCAGUGAAUUUGCGUGGACUGCCAGACCGCGGAAGAUCACUUCUUUUAUCGUGUUCGCGAUCUUUCUUGACGAGCGCUGGUACAGUCGAGAGGUUGGCGUGGACGUGCUGCGAAGCAUCUCUUUGCGAAUGAGCUUUUGCAUUCUUGAGGAUCUUACCGCGGGUUCCAGUGGAGGAGUGCGGCUCACUGGAGACGCAAAAACGUCCAAAUCGUUCUCUUCGGAGCCUGGA